AUGUCAUACUUUCAAGCUGGCCGUCGGUCUAAUGUCCAUUUUGAGACGACGCCUCAUGCAUAUUAUGAGCACUACAGCAUUGCUGCACCAAACUACGAUCUUUAUCCGAGUCUAUCCAGACGUCUGGGUAAUGGACACACUCAUCAACCUACCAAACCACCUCGUAGAGAGGCUCAGAUGGAUUUCGCAGCAAUGAACGUUAUGACAAACGAGACAUUUGGAUAUGAGCAAAAUCGACAACCUCAUCCAUAUGUCCCUCCUUUCCAGCCUGCCCCUGUAGUUGAACAGCAAUUUGACUGGGAUCUGUACCCUUUGAUUCGUCGCAACGUUGAAAACUUUGGCACUGACCAGAUGCGACAACGAUUGCACGCCAUGGAAACAACAGUGACAAUGAUUUGA